UUUAUACAUAUUUGUCUUUAUUUUUGAUAGAAAAUGAUGCAUCCUGUUGCGGGCAGUAAUCCAGCAUUCUGUGGGCCUGGCAAGCCUUCCUGCCUCAAUGAAGAUGCCAUGAGAGCUGCUGACCAGUUUGAUAUAUAUUCCUCCCAGCAAAGCAAAUACAGCCACACAGUCAGCCACAAACCAAUGGUUUGUCAGAGGCAAGACCCAUUAAAUGAAACGCACUUGCAGCCUACCAGUGGCAGAAACAUAGAGAUAAAAGAUGAACUAAAGAAAAAGAAAAACCUCAAUCGAUCUGGUAAGCGUGGCCGGCCUUCAGGAACCACCAAGUCAGCGGGAUACCGGACCAGCACAGGCAGACCUCUGGGAACUACCAAAGCAGCUGGAUUUAAGACGAGUCCAGGCAGGCCUUUGGGUACAACCAAAGCUGCAGGGUACAAGGUCAGCCCAGGGAGACCUCCAGGUAGCAUUAAAGCUCUGUCCAGGCUUGCAGAUCUUGGUUACGGCUGUGGUACUGCUGCCUUUCCUUACCCUAUGAUGCAUAGCAGAGCGGUUCACGGGGUUCAGGAAACCAGCGGUGAAGUCAAGCCGCCCAAUGAAUGAGCGAGGCAGGAGAGCGCGCGUUAGGAGCAGACUGAGGCGUCCAAAGCUGUUUGGUUUCAUUUGACUUUGCCACUGGACUCCCCGUGUUGUUUUCUGUUGAUCUCCCUUACUCCCCACUUCUUUCUUCCUUCUUUGCUCAAACGCUGCCACGUGUUGACAGAUGCACGUAGGGCAGGAGUAGCGCAUUGGAUCUACAUUGUUGAAGGUUCAGACAACACUCAGAGAAGCCACUUUUGCUUUCCCUUUGGGCUAUUCUUAGUGGAUGCCUCCUUCCUUCACAGGCUAACCAGCUGCCACAGUUGACUUUCAGUUGAGAGUAAACCAGUGCAGUAAGGUUUGCCUGACCUGUGGCAUUCUAACUAACGGGCAAAACAGCAACUAGUGAACAGACCAAAGGGUGCGGCUGUAUGAGUUAGAACUUCAUGAAAUAAGACACAGCUGUUUGGAUGCUUUGGAAUGUAAAACACAACUUAUUUAUUGAGUCACAUUACAUUAGUUGAUCAUCAUUCCUAAAGAUUGUUUAAUACUCGUCUUGCAAAGGUUAUAGUUACAGGUUAUGUUUUCCAGUUGCUUAAGAGCAUAUACACCCAACACUACAAAUAAUUCAUACUUCAGCAAAACCCUUAAAUAUUUCAUAAACCUGCACAUUAUAUUUAAUAUGCAAAAAAGAAACCUUUAGGUCUGCAUGUAACUAUAAUCAUUCUGCUUUGUCUUUCAAAUACUUGGUGAGUUUCAAAGUAUUAUAUUUAAAACAUUUAUUAUUAUUGCUCAUUUAUUUAGAAUGUUUUUAGUUUUCUGAGUACUUGUUAUUAUAUUGCAUUAGUACUUCACUACAUUUUCAGGUUUAUAUCUACCAAAGGACACAAUUUGAGUGGUAGACUGCAAAACUGGUCUAAGCAGAAAGUAGUUUCCUGGCUGUCAAGACCUAGAUACCAAGACACGAAGGAACUCAGUAUUUGUGAACCUGUAAAAUGAGUGCUGGUUAGCUUAAAAAUGGCUGUGGCUCCCAAAAGAAAUCUCUUCUCCCUAGUGAGGCUUGCUUUAAGAGCAAUAUAGAAAAGAGAAAAAAUAUGGGCACAUGGGUAUCGUUACAGAGGAAUAUCUUUCUGAAAUAUUUCUUGUUAAUACACAUUUUAUUUAUUCUGAGUUUGUUCUAAAUAAAAUACUAUGAACUUUAGAAUUGAAAAGCUUCAGUGGGCAGUGGUGGGGUACACCUUUAAUCCCAGCACUUGGGAAGCAGAGGCAGGUGGAUAUGAGUUUGAGAGGUAUACAUAAUGAUUUCUAAGACAGCCAGCACUAGGUAGAAACCCUCUCUUAACAAAACAGAGCAAAAGGAGAUGAAAAGCUUUCACUGAACUUAAAAAUCUAUGUUUUUUACUUGCAUUUCAAAAUACCUUUAAUAUUAAAAUAUAGAUUUACAGGACCCAGAACUUUAGAUAUAAUCAAAUUUAAAAAGGACACAUACCUAUUGGUUAGGCUUGCUCUCGGUACAUGUAAACGGGCUGCACGUAAAUGCCAUGUCUUAGACCUUUAUUAGGAGACAAGCAGCAAACCUCAGGUGCCCCAGGGAUGGCUGACACAAGAGCUGGGCUUCUGCUCUGAUAAAAGAGGUGUUGCACUGCCUGCGGGGACAGUGACCUCAACAGUACUAGCUUUGUGCAAACUGUAGGGAACAGCGAAUAAUGCUGGGUGACUACACAACCAGCUGUAUCAUUCGGGCAGCUAAAUUGCUUCAAGAAUUUCUUCUUGCAGAAGCUUAGAAUAUAAAGCUUUUAAUAAUUACUCAGAACAGUAUAGCUUCUGACACACACAAAUGCUUGCAUCUUCAUUCAUUUGUUCAUCUACUCACUUGAGUACCUGUCACUUAGCCGUUUCUGAAGAUGUUCAGCAGUUGCUGCUUUGAAAUCUUUGCACGGCAAUUCCUGGAGACAGUUGAUAUACUCUCCUGUAGAAUAGUGAGUGCCAUGGUCAAGGAUUUGGGUGCAUGUUGCAUUUCAGAGUAAGUCUACUUAUCCUUUCAGUUUGAUUUCAUUCCUGGUUUUGUGCCCUUCUGGUUCUUCCUUCCCUUCCCCCAGCUCCCGGCACAUCUACUCAGUGGUGCUGUGCUCUGUGUCAGAAGACAGAGUGGGUGAAUUGUACAGUGAGUUUUGUAUACGUGUUCAUGAAUGGGACAUCAGUUUGAGAGGUGUUCAUAACAGUGUUACUAUCGGGAGCUCUUAUCCCGGGAGAGGGGAUGAGUGUCUACAGUUGUGGAUAGAUACCGUCACUGUCGCAGUGAGCAGUUACCUGGAAAUUAAUGCCUGGAAUAUUAAGUGUGUGCACUGGUGAGCAUCUGAUUCUACUUAAUUCUCUCCUUGUGGACAGUUUACCAGUACCACGCUAGAGAGACAGAAGUGAUGGCAGAGUGAGGUCUUCACAUAAACUGUUUUUACUUCUACAUGAGCUAAAAGACUGCAUUCUGCAUCUGUUGUAACGUGGCAGACACUGAAAUAGCAUGUUAAACAGUUGGGGGGAAACUGCCCUUCCCCCCACUGUAUAAUUGUUCCGUAAAAGGUAAAUUGCUAAUUUUAUACUGCGUGAUUCUAUUCUUCAUAAAACAGGUUUCACUAUUCUAUAUUAAAACUGUUUGUCAGAAAAUGAUCUACUAUUCCAGUAAGUUGUUUUACUUUUUUCUUAAAAGAAUAUUUUAACAUGCCGUAUUUAUUAUUGUUAUAACAAAUAAGGAAUCAAUACAGAUGAAAUUUUGUUUUCCACAGGUAUCACUUUGCCUAACUAAUCUUUAGUAUGGGGUGAUUUUGAUACUAUCUUUGGAGUUUUGCACUGGUUAUUAAAAAAAAUAUAUUGGCACAAUAUAUUGAAAAAUUAAAUAGUACUUGGUUUAAUUUUUAAUAUUUGGGAACAUUUUUUAAAAUCAGUGUUUAAGACUAAUAAUUCUUUGUAUUUUUAAUUUACUUUUUAAAAAGAAACAUCUGUCAAUAUGGUAUUUAUUCAUUGCAAACUGCUGUUUGUGUGAACUUACAUACAUAUGUGUUUUCAUGAAAUAAGAGUACUGAGUUUCUAUGAGGUGAAAUCUGGAUUCAUUUAAUUUGAGGUUAAGGGUACUUCAUCCAGUGUAAGAAUGACCACGGUGUGAGUUUAGACAAUGAACUUCUUUAUACUUUAAGAAGCUUUGAAAGAACAGUUCAGGGGAUGUUGAUAACCUCUCCAUCAGUCCCUUGGGUAUGUGCUUUUGUGGUCCAGUACAGUAAGAUCAUAGCUCACAACAGUCUUGAGCAUAAAGAGUUUUAUGCUCUUUUGUUCUGUUAUAACAUCAUUGGCUUCCCUCAAACUCUAAGGUGUAUCUGAAUUUUUCCUUUGCUUUUCUCACUUUUCCCCCAAGUAGACAAAUCUGUGCUCUCACAUUCAGUGUAUUUAAGUUUUUGAGAAUUAGUGCUGCAGCAAGCCAGUUGUGUGAUUUAAUCAGGCCAUUCUGAUUCUUUGAUUACAAUUUGCUUUUUCCACAGACAAUUAUGAAGCAAAUAAUUCCCACUUAACUGAUAAUAAGCACGUUGUCCUCUGCUGUAAAGUCUGGAUAGAUACUGUGUAUGUUUUAAUUAAUGUCCAUGGACUUGAGCUACUCAUGUGCAAUUAUGUGUAUGGGAAUGGAGUAGUGUUCAUGAUGUGUCCACUUCAUCAUAUGGAUGUAUAUUUAUUAAUAAAGGCAUCACUUUAAAACCA